AAUAUGCUGAUAUCAUGACACAGUCAGCAGCCGUGCUAGCCUCUCUUGAAUGUUGUUGAAAACUAUCAAAGAAAUUGAUCUAUUUUUGCAUACAUCAGCCCCCUUAAAAUAAAUGCCUUACUACCCACUCAAACAGCAAAGGAAUACCUCACUACCCACUCAGUGUGGAAAAGGAAUACCUCACUACCCACUCAGUGUGGCAAAGGAAUACCUCACUACCCACUCAGUGUGGCAAAGGAAUACCUCACUACCCACUCAGUGUGGCAAAGGAAUACCUCACUACCCACUCAGUGUGGCAAAGGAAUAACUCACUACCCACUCAGCAGGCAAAGGAAUACCUCACUACCCACUCAGCAGGCAAAGGAAUACCUCACUACCCACUCAGUGUGGCAAAGGAAUGCCUCACUACCCACUCAGUGUGGCAAAGGAAUACCUCACUACCCACUCAGUGUGGCAAAGGAAUACCUCACUACCCACUCAGUGUGGCAAAGGAAUACCUCACUACCCACUCAGUGUGGCAAAGGAAUACCUCACUACCUACUCAGUGUGGCAAAGGAAUACCUCACUACCCACUCAGUGUGGCAAAGGAAUGCAUCACUACCCACUCAGUGUGGCAAAGGAAUGCAUCACUACCCAAUUAGCAGACAAAGGAAUACCUCACUACCUACUCAGUGUGGCAAAGGAAUACCUCACUACCCACUCAGUCUGGAAAAGGAAUACCUCACUACCCACUCAGUGUGGAAAAGGAAUACCUCACUACCCACUCAGUGUGGCAAAGGAAUGCAUCACUACCCAAUUAGCAGACAAAGGAAUACCUCACUACCUACUCAGUGUGGCAAAGGAAUACCUCACUACCUACUCAGUGUGGCAAAGGAAUACCUCACUACCCACUCAGUGUGGCAAAGGAAUGCAUCACUACCCAAUUAGCAGACAAAGGAAUACCUCACUACCUACUCAGUGUGGCAAAGGAAUACCUCACUACCCACUCAGUCUGGAAAAGGAAUACCUCACUACCCACUCAGUGUGGAAAAGGAAUACCUCACUACCCACUCAGUGUGGCAAAGGAAUACCUCACUACCCACUCAGUGUGGCAAAGGAAUACCUCACUACCCAAUUAGCAGACAAAGGAAUACCUCACUACCCACUCAGUGUGGCAAAGGAAUACCUCACUACCCACUCAGUGUGACAAAGGAAUACCUCACUACCCACUCAGUGUGGCAAAGGAAUGCCUCACUACCCACUCAGUGUGGCAAAGGAAUGCCUCACUACCCAAUUAGCAGACAAAGGAAUACCUCACUACCCACUCAGUGUGGCAAAGGAAUACCUCACUACCCACUCAGUGUGGCAAAGGAAUGCCUCACUACCCAAUUAG